GUGGUUUGCCAAGCCCUCAACAAUGCAGCCUUGAUCGUGCACACAGGGGGAUCUAGCUACUCGUACAGCGCGCGAUUGGCAUGAACAGGCUUACAAAAAUAAAACUUAACACCGAACAUACCAUUUUGUUAUCAACUUGUAUAACCCGAAAUAUGUUUUGAAGCUGAUUGAAGUAUAUAUAUAUAUUUUUUAAACAUUUUGGAGCCUCAUACCGGGUUUUGACAUUUGGAGGCCUUUCGCUCUUCGGCAGACCCACUCGGACCCAGAUAAUGGGCACAACCUGGGCAGGAGUAGCCGACCGAUGAUGACACUCUGCUGCACUGUGACCAGCCAUGCUCUCGUCCAAGGCGUUUCCCAGAAGGGGCUCCCUUCUCCGACACUGUGCUUACAUAGGUCAGGAAUACAACUACAUCAUACAAAAGGAAUGAUGGCAUGGACUUGUCUGAACUAUGGCACACCUGCAGGAUAAAGGUGAGGUCCCCCGACAUCUGAUACCAAAAGCAAAACCAAAAUCAAGUAGAUCUACAUUUUAUAAGGAAAAAAAGUCAAUGAACAACUGAUGGUUUAGCGUCCACACUUUCACCAUGUUGACGAGGUUGCACCAUGGCUGCUGAUUCCUGUAGACUAGUAGACUCUCCGGUGCGGCACUGAGCCCAGUGACCCUAACCCAUGAUGCAGCGUAACGGUGGCGGGGUGGGGGCUGGUGGCCAGCCGUGGGUGCUGCGGCGCGUGCGCCUCACCUGGCUCAGCUUCAUGCUCUUCUUCAUCCUGGUCUUCUUCCCGCUCAUUGCCCAUUACUACCUCACCACCAUCGACGAGGCAGGCGGCCCCGACAAGCGCAUCUUCGGCCCUCGGCCCGGCGGUGAGCUGUGCGAAGCCAAGCACGUGCAGGACCUGUGCCGCAUCCGCGAGUCGGUUAGCGAGGAGCUGCUUCAGCUGGAGGCCAAGCGGCAGGAGCUGAACGGGGAGAUCGUCCGACUCAACCUGCGUAUCGAAGCGUGCAAGCGUAGCAUCGACAGUGCCAAGCAGGACCUGCUGCAGUUGAAGAACGUCAUCAGCCAGACGGAGCACUCAUACAAGGAGCUGAUGGCCCAGAACCAGCCCAAGCUCUCGCUUCCCGUGAGGUUAUUACCUGACAAGGACGACCCAGGACUACCCCCGCCCAAGUCUGCCCACGUCUGCCGCCUGCGCUCCUGCUUCGACUACGCCCGCUGCCCGAUGACCUCGGGCUUCCCUGUGUACGUCUACGACACAGCCUCCUACCCCUGGGGUGAGUCCCUGGACCCGCUGGUCAGGCAGGCCUUCGCCACCUCGGUGAGGAGCAGCAUCUAUGUGACGGACAACCCCAGCAUCGCCUGUCUGUAUGUGGUGCUGGUGGGGGAGCUGCAGGAGUCUCCUUCCUCCCCCCUCCCGGUCCCCUCAGCGCUGGAGAAGCAGCUGAAGGCUUUGCCGUACUGGAGGUCUGACGGACACAACCAUCUCCUGGUCCACCUUUCCAGGAAGUCCAUGACACAGAACUUCCUGUACAAUGUGAGCACGGGCCGGGCGGCAGUGGCCCAGUCCACCUUUCUUCAGCAGCAGUACCGCGAGGGCUUUGACCUGGUGGUGUCUCCACUGGUCCACGCCCUCUCUGAGCCCAACUUCCUGGAGGUGCCGCCCCAGGUACCCGUCAAGAGGAAGUACCUGUUUACCUUCCAGGGCGAGAGGGUGGAGUCUCUGAGGAGCAGCCUGCAGGAGGGGCCACCUCAGUCCUUUGAGGAGGAGAUGGAGGGAGACCCGCCAGCCGACUACGACGAUCGCAUCAUCGGAACGCUUAAGGCAGUGCAGGACAGCCGCCUGGAUCGGGUGCUGGUGGAGUUCACCUGUAAGAGCCCGCAGCCCAGCCUGCCCACAGAGUGGGCCCUGUGUGGGGAGAGGGAGGAGCGGCUAGAGAUCCUUAAGGCCUCCACCUUUGCCUUGGUCAUCUCCCCCGGGGACAGUCAACUGAUGGCCUCAGCGGGCAACGGCAUGAGGCUGUUUGAGGCCCUGGAGGUGGGGGCCAUCCCUGUGGUACUGGGGGACCAUGCCAGGCUGCCCUACCAUCAGCUGGUCCACUGGAGCGAGGCGGCCAUUAUGGUGCCCAAGCCCCGCAUCACCGAGCUGCACUUCCUGCUACGCAGCCUAUCAGACAAUGACCUGCUGGCCAUGCGGCGGCAGGGCCGCUUCCUGUGGGAAACCUACUUCUCUACCUCAGAGAACGUCCUGGGCACAAUUCUGGCUAGCGUCCGGACCCGCAUCCAGGUGCCCCCCGCGCCCAUCCACGAGGAACCUGCCCAGGAGAUCCCCCACAAGGCGGGCAAGAUGGCGGGCACGGACGCUAACAUGGGCGACAAUGGCGACCUGGACCUGGGUCCCGUGGAGACGGAGCCACCCUACGCCUCACCACGCUUCCUUCGAAACUUCACCUACACAGCAUCCGACACCUACCAGACCUGGAACCGCGCCCCGGGGCCUUUCCACCUCUUCCCUCACACGCCGCUGGACCCGGUGCUGCCCUCGGAGGCCAAGUUCCUGGGUUCGGGCACGGGCUUCCGCCCCAUUGGCAGUGGCACGGGUGGCUCGGGGAAGGAGUUUCAGGCAGCGCUGGGUGGGAACGUGCCCCGGGAGCAGUUCACCGUGGUCAUGCUGACCUAUGAGAGGGAGGAGGUUCUGAUGAACUCCCUGGAGAGGCUCAACGGGCUGCCUUACCUCAACAAGGUGGUGGUGGUGUGGAACUCCCCCAAGCCUCCUUCAGAUGACCUGCUGUGGCCAGACAUCGGCCUACCCAUCGUGGUGGUGCGCACGGAGAAGAACAGCCUCAACAACCGGUUCCUGCCCUGGGACGUCGUGGAGACGGAAGCCAUCUUGUCCAUCGACGACGACGCCCACCUCCGCCACGACGAGAUCAUGUUUGGGUUCAGAGUGUGGAGGGAGGCCAGGGACCGCAUCGUGGGCUUCCCUGGGAGGUUCCAUGCCUGGGAUGUCAACCACCAGUCAUGGCUCUAUAACUCUAACUACUCCUGUGAACUGUCCAUGGUACUGACUGGCGCCGCCUUCUUUCACAAGUACUAUGCGUACCUGUACUCGUACGUUAUGCCCCAGGCCAUCCGCGACAUGGUGGAUGAGUACAUCAACUGUGAGGACAUCGCCAUGAACUUCCUGGUGUCGCAUAUCACCCGCAAGCCCCCUAUCAAGCCUCCCUUCCACAGACACUCUUAUCCAGAGCGCCACAAGUGCAUCAACUUCUUUGUCAAGGUGUAUGGCUACAUGCCCUUACUCUACACGCAGUUCCGCGUGGACUCUGUGCUCUUCAAGACGCGCCUGCCCCACGACAAGACUAAGUGCUUCAAGUUCAUCUAGCCCAGGGCUAGGCCCAGCUAAGAACGUUGGGCAGAACGGAGCUAGAGACUGAGGAACUCAGGCAGGACGGAAGAGAGAGCAGACAGGACUGGUUCUGAGAAAGAGGGAGGUUUUGGGAUGAGGGCUUAAACCCAGGAAUGGAUGAAUGAGACAGACCACACCUUCACUGGAAGCUGAGAAGAACCUCUGCCAAUCAAGAAGCCUUUUCAUUUUUUUUUAACGUAAUUGUAUUCUUCAUCAUGUCGUUCAUGUGUGUUACAUCAUCAACUACUACAGAUUUAAUUUAGCUUGUUAUGGGCCUGCAGAGAGAAAGAGGAGAGGACGCUGGCAACACUGCCUGUCCAAGGACAAUGACUUAACUUGACUCUGCAAGACAAACUCAAACUGGCAUUGUAAACGGACUGGUUUUAAACUGACACAGGGAGAGAAUGAGACAGUGGACUGUCACGUGGGCCAGCCCUGAGCUCCUGAAUUACUAGCUAGACAACGGACUGGUUUUAAACUGACACAGGGAGAGAAUGAGACAGUGGACUGCCACGUGGGCCAGCCAUGAGCUCCUGAAUUACUAGCUAGACAACGGACUGGUUUUAAACUGACACAGGGAGAGAAUGAGACAGUGGACUGUCACGUGGGCCAGCCAUGAGCUCCUGAAUUACUAGCUAGACAACGGACUGGUUUUAAACUGACACAGGGAAGAAUGAGACAGUGGACUGUCACGUGGGCCAGCCCUGAGCUCCUGAAUUACUAGCUAGACAACGGACUGGUUUUAAACUGACACAGGGAGAGAAUGAGACAGUGGAC